GGCAGCGGCCAGGGGAGGGGGCGCCGUGCGAGGCCAUGGCAGGCUCGGAGGAGUCCUAGCCCGAGCUGGAGCCGGAUCCGAGCCCACGCUGCUGCCGCCGUCGCCUCUCCGCGCCGGGCCCCCGCAGCCGCCGCAACCCUGCGGGAGAUGGACCAGCGGAACCGGCUCGGCGCCCUCGGAUACCUGCCGCCUCUGCUGCUGCACGGCCUGCUGCUCGUCGUCGCCGACGCAACAUUCACCGAAGUCCCUAAAGAUGUAACGGUGCGGGAGGGAGACGAUAUCGAAAUGCCCUGCGCAUUCCGGGCCAGCGGAGCCACCUCGUACUCUCUGGAGAUUCAGUGGUGGUACCUCAAGGAACCUCCUCGGGAGCUGUUACACGAGCUGGCGCUCAGUGUGCCCGGUGCCCGGAGCAAGGUAACAAAUAAGGAUGCAACUAAAAUCAGCACCGUGCGAGUCCAGGGCAAUGACAUCUCACACCGGCUUCGGCUGUCUGCCGUGCGCUUGCAAGAUGAAGGGGUGUAUGAGUGUCGCGUUUCGGACUACAGCGAUGAUGACACUCAGGAGCACAAGGCCCAGGCGUUGCUGCGGGUAUUGUCGCGCUUCGCACCGCCCAACAUGCAGGCUGCAGAGGCGGUGUCCCACAUCCAGAGCAGCGGCCCGCGUCGCCACGGAGCCCCCAGCGCUGUCGGCUCCAACAACGCAGCCACCUCAGUCCGCACCACCUCGGAACCCAGCCUUGGCGACAAGAACCCACCUCUUGGGAGUCCUCCCACUGGAUCAGGCGUCCCUGAGGCUGCUCCCGCUGCAGCAGCCGCUGCCUCCGCGACCCACAUAGCCACCACAACCGUCCCAGCAGCUGUUGCUGCUUCUUCUUCAGCAUCACCUCCAUUCGGCCAGGCUGUCCUUCUGCGCCAGAGGCAGGGCUCCGGUACUGGCCCUGGCUACAGCACAGACCCUCUGCUGUCUCUGCUCUUGUUAGUGCUACAUAAGUUACUGCACCCACUUCUAGGGCACUGACAGACGUAAAACCUCAGAGGCACCCCAGGAGGACACCUUGCCAUAUGGACACAGGGACCGAGGGAAGCAUGAAGAAGUCCAUGCAAAAAUAAAUAAAUCAUAUUUUUGGGGAAGUAACACAAAUCUAGAAGACUUAAAAUAAUGCAUCAUGUUUCCAAAUAGGAUGGAGUGCAGGCCGUGCGGUGUGCAUGGGGCGCCGAGUUCUUCACGGCAAUGUAUUUUUCUUUACUUCACAUUCCCUCUGAAUCUUCAUUUUGCACGAACUGUUGAGCAGGUACCUUGAGGAUAAUAUGUAAAAAUGUUGGGUCAAAUCCUUUCUGACAAAGUAAAAUAUUUUUAGGAGAUUAUUGUGUUUAGAAUUUUUUUGAAUUUACAUUUUCUUUGGGGGCUUUCCCUUUUUUAUUAAAUUAUUUCUUUGGAGACAUUUUGAUUAAAAAGAAACAUCAUAAUUAAAACUCAAUGUCAAUAAUAUUUAUUUUUAAAUAAAGAUUGGAAACAAGGAUAUACAGUUGUUUCUAAACUGUAGUAUAUACUGCUGAAUAAUAGUUUAAUUUUUUAAAAAAGCCUUUAAAUAGACUUUGUACAACCAUAUAUGACUGUCAAGCUUCAGUGCCAGCUGCAGCCAGACACUGUAAUGUCCUCUUCUCAGAUACCAGCUGAAUGUCCCCUGGCAUAGAAGGCAAUUCCAGGACACCAGGCUAGGCCACAGUGAGCAGACAGGAAUACCUGCCCAGUCUGCUAAGGGACAGUGGACUUCAUAGAGGCAAGGAUGAAUGCUGAAAAA